AGUGUGUAUGUGGUGUUUCACUUCACGGACUCGGUUAAAGGCGGAGGUGGAAUUUCCCCGCUGUGGGACGAAAUAAGGGUCAGUUAAUCUAAACCUUUACAUACCUACCGUAUAAACAUUGUUCAGGACACUACACACAACAUACAGGUUAAGGAAGAGUUCAGCCUGAGCUGCAGUGUUUAAAGCCGUCCCAGUAGAGGGGCGACUGUUACUGCAGCACAGAGGGACAAACCCCCAUGAAGACCCCUCAGCUCAGUUUUUCAGCUGGAGAGAAGAUCUUGGUCCAUGACCGGAGCUGUGCUGACUGGUGGUGGGCAGAGGUGGGGGGCUGUUAUGGGUACGUGCCCUCCAGCUACCUGCACCAAGCAGCUGCUGAAGUGGAGGACGCCUGGCAAGAUGAGGAGUAUUUCGGGAGUUAUGGAACUUUGAGACUUCACCUGGAGAUGCUGUCCGACAGGCCGCGCACAGAGACGUACAGGCAGGUUAUCGUGAACAACAGCGCCUUCCUGAGGGGAAAAGUGGUGAUGGAUCUGGGGUGCGGCACCGGCAUCAUCAGCCUGUUCUGUGGCCGCCUGGCUCAGCCUGCAGCGGUGUACGCUGUGGAAGCGAGCGCCGUGGCUGAACACACAGAGAAGCUGGUCAAGCUGAACGGCUGUGAGGGAGUGGUCACCGUCUUUAAGUCCAGAGCAGAAGAGCUGACGCUGCCUUCGAAGGUGGACGUGCUGGUCUCAGAGUGGAUGGGAAACUGUCUCCUGUUUGAGUUCAUGGUGGAGUCGGUGCUGUGUGUCCGGGACCGCUGGCUGAAGGACGGAGGGAGGAUGUGGCCCUCGUCUGCCUCUCUGAGUCUGGUGCCCUGCCAGGCUCACGAUGACUACACACAGAAAAUGGAAUUCUGGGAGGAUCUCUACGGCCUGGACUUCAGCUGCCUGCAGCCGGUUGCGCAGGAGGAAUUCUUCGCUAAGCCCAAAUUCAGCCACGAGCUCGACCCGGAGGACUGUCUCUCCACCCCCUGUGAUGUCAUCACUCUCGACAUGCACACAGUUCGCGUGUCAGACCUCGAGAAGCUGAGAGGAGAGUUCCGGUUCCCUGUUGAGAAGUCUGGGACGCUGCAUGGUUUCACCGCCUGGUUCAGCACUUUUUUCCAAAGUUUACACGAAGGUGGCUCAACACUACAGCUCAAUACAGGACCAAACUCUGAGCCAACCCACUGGAAGCAGACUCUGUUCAUGUUGGACGCACCGAUCCCGGUUGAGGAAGGGGACUGUGUGGGCGGAGCCAUCGUCCUGCACAGAAACCCUGUAUGGAGGCGGCACAUGGCCAUCACCAUAGAGUGGAGUAUAAAAAGCAGAACCGCGGCUGCGUUCUCUGAGGUGAAAUCUAAGCGCUUCCCCAUGUGGAGGUGACCCUCAGCUGCCCGGUCAGAGAGAAACCUACAGCUCCAGUGUUUUACAGGUUUCAUCUCCAUAACGUCCAGGAUGGUGACUGAUUCUGGUUAAUGUUGAAGUACAGAGGACUCGGUUUACACUGAUUUACAAGAAACACGACCUGCCAGCAUCAUGACACGACCAAGUAAAGUGUUUGACUAUUACUGAUUAUUAAUUCAUUAUUUUAAUCAUGAAUUAUUUUUAAUUAUUCAUUAUUUUCAGUUACUUACUAUUGUCUAAUUUUUGUAGUCGAUUUGUAAAAAUUGAGAAAUGAACAUGCUUAUACUUUAUAAGAUCUGUAUAGAAGUCUUUCCAUUCUUUUAUAUCGCCAGUUUUUUUACAUAGGUAUGAACUAAUGUGUCUACAAAGAGGGAUGUUUUAUUUAUUAUGGUUUUCAGUUCCAUUUACUUUUGAUCACUACAUAAAGCUUCUUUAUUAAAGCCUG